GAUGUAUUUGGAAAAUCAAAUACCAUGGUCUAAUAAUCAACCAUUCUGAUUAAUUGAUAAUAUUAGUAUUAGUUGGAAAUUUUCUGAAAGAUUCCUGUGAAAAGUUUCAUUAACGCGUAAUUCGUGUCGAGUAGACCUUGUUGUUGUGAGAAUUCUUAAUUCAUGAGUUUUAGGGAGGGAUUUAUGUUACCACAAAUAGAGACUAAAGCAAGUGUUGGAUUCAAAGCUAGUGUUAAAGAGUACAAAUUGACUUAUUAUACUCCUGAGUACCAAACCAAGGAUACUGAUAUAUUGGCAACAUUCCAAGUAACUCCUCAACCUGGAGUUCCACCUGAAGAAGCAGGAGCCGCGGUAGCUGCCAAAUCUUCUACUGGUACAUGGACAACUACAUGGACCGAUGGACUUACCAGUCUUGAUUGUUACAAAGGGCGAUGCUACCAUAUCGAGCGUGUUGUUGGAGAAAAAGAUCAAUAUAUUGCUUAUGUACCUUACCCUUUAGAACUUUUUGAAGAAGGUUCCAUUACCAACAUGUUUACUUCCAUUGUAGGUAAUGUGUUUUGGUUCAAAGCCCUGUGUGCUCUACGUCUGGAAGAUCUACGAGUCCCUACUUCUUAUAUUAAAACUUUCCAAGGUCCGCCUCAUGGGAUCCAAGUUGAAAGACAUAAAUUGAACAAGUAUGGUUGUCCCCUGUUAGGAUGUACUAUUAAACCUAAAUUGGGGUUAUCUGCUAAAAACUACGGUAGAGCUGUUUAUGACUAA